UCCAAUCACAGUUUCUUUCGUGUUGCCUUCGCAACAACAACAUGAUGCUGUUCCUCCUAGCUUUCGUUCUUUGCGUUGCUUCGGCAGAAGAUUCCCACGUUUCCCUAAACGCGAACAACCUCUUCACCCCCACCGUUUACAAAGAAAUCGCCAAAUCAGAAACUGGAAACUUCUUAGUGAGUCCCUUUUCGGCCAAAAUCAUUCUAUCUCUAGCUCAGUCCGGCUGCAAAAACGAAACGGCGAAAGAAAUCAGACAGGCUUUGUACCUCCCAGACGACAACUCUAAAAUACAAAGCCAAGUUAAAAACGUCCUUUCUGCUUUAACCAAAAACGAAUAUGCUUUACACGCAGCCAACAAGAUCUACGUCAAGGAAAACUUUGCGAUUAAUGACGAGUUCAAACAAGAAGCGGUGGAAGUGUAUCAAUCUGAAAUCGAAAGCCUCGAUUUUUGUAAAAAAGAGGAAGCUGCGACUGCGAUGAACCAGUGGGUGGAAGAGAAAACCCAAAACAAGAUACAGAAUUUGAUAAAUCCAGACAUACUAGACAACAAGACGAGAGCCGUCUUGAUAAACGCUCUUUAUUUUCAAGGGAACUGGUCAAUAACGUUCCCACCGAUGCUAACAGCCAAAGCUAACUUUUACAAAAGUGAGAACGAAGUGGUUGAAGUCGACACCAUGAACCUCGAAGACGAAGAACUCUUGUACUACGAGUGUCCCUAUUUAAACGCCAAAUUGUUAGAACUUCCAUUCAAGGGUGAAGGCGCCUCCAUGACCAUCGUGCUCCCCAACGAAAAGCAUGGUUUAGCUUCCCUCGAAAGCAACAUCAAGUGGGUUUUCACCCCCCAUAACCUAACUCUGGAGACUGUAAGCGUCGCCUUACCCAAAUUUAAAAUCGAGAGUCAGCUCGACUUGAAAGCCGUUCUCCAAAAUUUGGGGGUUGCCAAAGUUUUUGAUGAGGAGCAAGCAGACUUGAGCGGGAUUGCUGGAGAAAAAGGGGAUUUGAUAAUAAGCGCGGUUGUUCAGAAGACGUUUGUUGAAGUGGACGAGAAGGGGGUGGAAGCUGCCGCCGCCACCUACAUCCCUGUGAUUGUUCCUGAUAUGGGGGUUGUGGAUCCGAAGACGUUCAUAGCAGACCACCCCUUCAUCUUCUACAUCAAGGUGAAAGGAGUGAUAUUGUUUGCAGGUCGGGUCGUACUACCAACUUUGUGAUUGUAAAUAUAUUGUGACACUCAGUUAAUAUUUAGGGUUUUUUACCCGCCCAGCAAAAAGAAUACAUUUUUUGUAUAAUAUAUAGUAAAUAAAUGGACGAUUAAAGACGA